AUGGAAUCGAUUCCGAGAGAUGUUCAAGAGUUCCUGGAUAACUACCCACGAGAUGGCGAUGACCCGACGCGUUCAGAGAACCUUCAAUUCUACUCGAAUGAGCUCCGUUGUCGUCCUGAUAGAUGCCUCAUUGAGGAGAUCCACGACCAAUGGUUUGGUGAUUACUCCAAACUAGAGUUCAAGCAUGGAUUUAUCCAGUGGCUGUUCCCCAUACGGGAGUAUGGCAUGAAUUAUGAGAGCCAACCUCUUCAGCCUCAUGAAAUUCAAGCCAUGAAGUCUAAUCCAGUCAUCAUUGAACGCGUGGUUCAAUCAUAUAGACUCAUGCUCGAUUUCUAUGGCAUGCGACUCAUUUCUGCAGAAUCAGGUCUAUUGGAUCGGGUUUUGCCGCCCCGUAAUUUUGAAACGUGUUACCGUAAUCUUGUUCGGUCAUCGCACAAUUAUCUUCGGAUAUCCCGGAUCCUGAAGUGCCUUUCUGAGCUUGGAUUGGAACACCUCAAUGCAGGAUUUCUUCUUCACAUCCUUAAUGAGCAAAGCGAGUGGAAGGAAUUGGAUUCGCGGGGGAUCCGGAGCAGCAUGGAUAGGUGGUGGGCUAACUGUAUAAGAAAUGACGAAGAGAGACAGUGGAUCGGGGAGACGAUUAGAAAAGUUCGCCUUCAGUCAGAUGAGUUCACCUUCACCCGCGAUGAGUACGAGAAAUAUUUGGAAAGUAGACGGACUGGGCACAAGGUGGAUUGA